AAGAUAAUUUGUAAACGGCCACUCUGGAAUCCGACCCGAAUCGGAGCCGCUAGUGUCUCCCAGCCGCAAGACGCCUACGUCAGCAAAUUCACGUUGCAAAUCAGCAGUUGGCUGGAAAGUUGGCCAAAACGGAAAAUAUAACGGCAAAUCCUAACCCACUGAAUCGUAAAGAUGGCAAUUAAACCUGGACUCGGUCGCAAGACCAGCAACAAGAAUCCUCCGAUCCUGAGCCACGAGUUCGUGAUCCAAAACCAUGCGGACAUCAUCUCCUGCGUGGCCAUGGUUUUCGUGGUUGGCCUAAUGAACGAAUCCACAGCGGCCUUCGCUAGCGCGUUUAUAUCCCUGCAUCAUAAUGUCAGCGGCGAGGAUCCCAGCAGGGAGCAGCCAUAUGGAAAGGCGUACACCUACAUUGCUGGUAUCAAGGACUACUGUGCGAUAUUCUUCUACACGCUGACCUGCAUUAUUAUGCAUGCGAUUAUCCAGGAGUUCGUGCUGGACAAGAUCAGCAAAAAGCUGCAUCUGUCCAAGUUUAAGUUGGCCCGCUUCAAUGAGUCCGGCCAACUGGUGGCCUUCUAUUUGCUGUCGUUCGCCUGGGGCGCCCACGUCCUGCUCAAGGAGGGAUAUCUCGGCCAGGUGGCCCAGCUUUGGGAGGGCUUCCCCGACCACCCGAUGAGCUUCCUGCACAAGUUUUACUUUGUGGUGCAGCUGGCCUACUAUCUGCACAUGCUGCCGGAGCUGUACUUCCAGAAGAUCAAGACCAAGGAGGAGCAACAGCCAAAGAUCGUGCACUCGAUCAGUGGUUUCACCCUGAUUGUCCUGGCUUAUACACUGAGCUUCCAGCGAUUGGCUUUGGUUUUGUUAACCCUGCACUACUUCAGCGAGCUGCUGUCACACGUCUUCCAACUGAUUGGCGUCUUCGAUCGCGAGGAGCGUCUGGCCAAGCUGCGAGUGGUCAACAAUGCUGUCUUCUUCCUGAUCCGCUUCGCCACGUCUGUGAUUGGAGUGCUUACCCUGUACUACGGCAUUGGUGGAGUGAGAUCCCUGCUAGCUUUGGGAGGUCUGAUUGCCCUGCAGGGAUACCUUGUGUUCUCCUUCAUUACGGAGCAACUGCGCGCCAAGCGAGAGGCCAAGAAGGAGGCCAAGCGCGAGGCCAAGCUGGCGCUGCAAACCAAAAAGCCCGCCAAGACGCCCAAGGACAAGGUGAAGCGCAAGAAGGAGAGCGAUCUGCCCGAAGCGGACCAGACUUCGCCCAGUCCAAUUAAGCAGAAGCUCAAGUGAGAAGCCACGCAACACAGAGCAACAAAAUCUUCCGCACACUUCCAACCUAAUACGAAUGAUAGAUAGACAGAGCAGCACCAUGAACAGGAGCCUAGAGAGUAUAUAGGAGAUUUCUAGCCACGAUUACGAUCCAGGGCUCCCUGUUUUUGUAAAUCUCGUUUAGCUCAAAACUACCACUGCAACCAUUUCUGCUGCAUUUACUUCCUCGACACAAAAAUGAAACUAUUUCUUAGCCUAAAUGUUUGUUUCAUUUUAAGUUUACAUCAUUAAAAGAAAUUUUUUUUUAUUUUUAUACAUACACAAAAAAAUCAAAAAAAAGCGAAAUAUAACAAAAAGUAAAAAAAAAAAACAAAGCUUAUCGUAACGUGUGUUUUUUAAUUGUUCUUCCUUCUAAUAAGUAAAUUGUUAAACUUCCAAGCAUUGAUUUGACAAUUUCCGAUCGUCCUAUUUGCGUGUAAAACUAUUUUUUAUAAAAACAAAAUGAGAAUGAUGAACAGAAUAUGAGAGUGUAACGAAGCUAAAUAUAUGAAAAUAUAUAUUUUGUAUAAGAAAACA